CGUGCAGUCAGUGCGCAUGUGUUAAGGAAUAUUGGAGGAAAAAGUAGGGAAUACAACGACACGGAACCGAAAAUAGCUUUUUAUUUAGGCGCCUUAAAAUGGAAUUUAUUGAUAAAUUUGAUAUCCCAUAGCAGUAGAAAUGUAUUUUAAAUAACUGUUUUGCUCAGAAGACAUUUAGAAGUAAACGAAGAUCCUGCGUUAUCUUUUAUUUUUUUUGUCUCCAGUGAAUUAUUUCAACCGACAUCCUGGAUCGUGAAGUGAUCUCUCCUGAUAAUUCGAGGAUGGCCGUAUGUCGUACCUCGACCCCUCCUCCACCAGAGGUCACUUGUCCUAUUGCUGAGAAUUGGUGCUAUACUCAGGUAAAAGUGAUCAAAUUCUCAUACAUUUGGACAAUCAAUAAUUUUAGUUUUUGUCGAGAAGAAAUGGGAGAAGUUCUGAAGAGUUCCACAUUUUCAGCUGGGGCUAACGAUAAAUUAAAAUGGUGUUUGCGUGUCAAUCCAAAAGGUUUAGAUGAAGAAAGUAAAGAAUACUUAUCUUUAUAUUUACUCCUUGUCUCGUGCAAUAAAAGUGAAGUACGGGCCAAGUUUAAAUUCUCCAUACUCAAUGCAAAAAGAGAAGAAACCAAAGCUAUGGAAAGUCAGCGUGCUUAUAGAUUUGUCCAGGGUAAAGAUUGGGGGUUUAAGAAAUUUAUUCGAAGAGAUUUUUUAAUGGAUGAAGCUAAUGGUUUACUUCCCGAUGAUAAAUUAACCAUAUUCUGUGAAGUAAGUGUAGUGGGUGAUACGGUGAAUAUAUCAGGCCAGUCCAACUGUACACCUGUCAAAGUACCCGAAUGUAAAUUAAGCACGGAUCUCGGGGCGUUAUUUGAAAGAUCGUUAGCGAGUGAUGUCGUUCUCUGUGUUAAUGGAAAAGAAUUUCAAGCUCAUAAAGCUAUUUUAUCAGCAAGAUCUCCGGUAUUUCAAGCCAUGUUUGAACAUGAAAUGGAAGAGAGUAAACAGAAUCGUGUUGAGAUCACAGAUCAAGAUCAUGAAGUGAUGAGAGAAAUGUUACGUUUUACCUACACGGGAAAAGCUCCAAAUCUCGAUAAAAUGGCGGAUGAGUUAUUAGCAGCGGCAGAUAAAUAUGCUUUAGACAGAUUAAAAGUUAUGUGUGAAGAAGCUUUAUAUUCAAGUUUAACUGUAGAAAAUGUUUGUGAAAUUCUAGUUCUUGCUGAUUUACAUAGUGCUGAUCAACUUAAAACGCACGCUGUAGACUUUAUUAACAGUCAUGCAACAGAAGUCAUGGAUACGAUGGGAUGGAAAGCCAUGGUCUCAACACAUCCACACCUUAUAGCCGAUGCAUUCAGAGCUCUCGCAAGUCAACAAAGUCCACCUCUCGGUCCCCCGCGUAAAAAGGUCAAGCAAUCAUAGAACCUGGUCAGAAACAAAGACUCAAUCAAUUGUGACAAUAUUAAACUAAUCAAGCGUGAAAAAUGGACGACGUACUUCAGUGAAAAUACAAAAAAACAAAACAAACGAAGAGUGAAUUAGAUCGUGCGUGUGUGAUAUAAAUGUCGAUGACGUAAUCGUGUAAAAUGAUACUGACGUUGUUGAAACAACAGGUGACAAAUAUAUCCAGUGAUCCCCCCUUCCCCUCCACGCCCCCUUUCCACCUUCUAACAUGUGACAUACCCCACCCCUCUCCCUCUAGACCUGUGUAUAUGUAUGUAUAUUAUUUAUAAGACUAUAAUGUACAAGUAUAUAUAUAUAUGAUCGACAAUUUGUAUUAUAUAUAUAGAGAGUGAGACUUAACUUCUGCUCGAUGUGUUGAUAAUCUUAUUAUUUAUUGUGCUAUUGUGUCAUAUGGUGUGACGUCAUAGUGACGUGCUAUUAUUACCGACGGCAUGUUUUUCAGUUUUUACAGACUUGUACCUGUCACUUUCUACUUUUUAUUUAUAUCUACGAUGAAAAUUUAUUUACUGCACCGCGUUUUAGUUAGCAGGCGCUGUCAGUGACAUUGUCACUUUGUGAAUAUGUUGAUUCUGUGGCAUUCAGUGUGAUAUACAUAUACAAUUGACAUUCGUCGCAAAUUAUAAAAAUGUAUUGUCUCAAAUCGUGGUGAAGUGACGAAUGAAUUAGAGACUAGUGCAUGAAAAAAAAUCCACAAGAAACUGCAACAGAAAUAAUCAGUUUCAUGUUUAUUUCAUUCCGGGCUGUAGAAACAGUAUUCCUUUAUUAUUAUUCUAAAUUUAAAAAAAUAAAAAGUGCUGCACAUUUGCAAACCCAGCUCGUGUCUGACGGACAGAUUUGGUUUGUUCUAAAAGUUCAUGGAAUAACUCAACAUCCCAAAUAUGGUUGGGUUUCUUGCCAUUGUGAUGGAUAACUUCGGGAUCCUUAGUGUGGAUAGAAUUUAAUUUCCGAAACUUUUAUUACAUGUAGCUCAUCAUGGGUUAAUGUAAAGCGUUGUUACAAGCAACUCGUUUUGGGUUAAUGUAAAACUUUAUUACAUGUAGCUCGUCAUGGGUUAAUGUAAAACUUUAUUACAUGUAGCUCAUCAUGGGUUAAUGUAAAAAACUUGAUUACAUGUAGCUCUUCAGGGGUUAAUGUAAAAACUUUAUUACAUGUAACUCGUUGUGGGUUAAUGUAAAACUUUAUUACAUGUAGCUCAUUGUGGGUUAAUGUAAAAUUUUAUUACAUGUAGCUUUUCGUGGGUUAGUCAAUCACUGUAACCCGGGUAUCAUUUAAUCUUGUGUAUCUAGCCCUUAUUUCUUUCAGAUUCACAUUCAUUAAAUAUCAAAUCUUCGUUUGAAAUUCAUUGAAAUCAACCCAAUCAUCUAAUUUGUACUUGUGUCCAGUUUGGUAUAAUACCUUGUUACAGGAGUAGCUCAAAAUGGUUUUAUCUCAACCUGUAGAUACAGUGUAGUUCAAAAUCACAUAAAGAGAAAAACAUUUGAAUUACCACAGUUUAAGAUCCUGUAAAAUCAAUUAUUCUGUAGUUAUUGGACAAUCUGGUUAAAACACAGAUCCUAUUUCGUUUCGUUUUUUAUAGUUCAAAAUUUCGUUUUACUUGUCUUUACUACACUGGGAUUUGGAAGAGUUGUUAUAUAACCCACAUUCUGGAUUAUCCAAUGAAACGAUCUGUUAUGGCGAGUUUUUGGUGUGAGGUGAACGGAACUGUGGGUAACCCACUUGAAACAUCAACGCUGAUUCGUUAAUCAAAUGUCUGACGUCAAAGGGUCAAAAGUCGCUCACAUUACCCCUAACGCACCCUCCCGCUACAAUUGGUCAGAUCUUCAUGUAGUAGAGGCGAUCGGAAGUAUACAAAAACGGAAAAAAACAUAGAUCUGGGGCCAAGUUCACAAAGCAUUCUCAGACUUAAGUUAAGAAUUUACUCAACUUUCAGUCAGUGUUUAUGAGAAAUAUCUUUGGUGCAGAAAAACAAAACUUCGCACAUAGUUUCUUAUUGAUGUAUUUGAUACAAUAAAACAACAAAGGUUGUAUAAAGAGCUAUAGUUUAGUUAAAAUAAGGCGAACAAUUUUGAGUAAAUUCUUAACUUAAGUCUGAGAAUGUUUUGUGAACUCGAAGUCUGUAUUUUAAUCUGCUUGUCAGUUUCUGGAUAGAGCAAUACACUAUGGCAUAUACUAAUAAACAAAUAUAUUUGACGUUUCGAAGCGUAUUCUCUCAAUGUACAAACCAUACACAUUUAUUACUGUACUUUAGGGCUGGGUAUUGCCACUGCAUCACGAUACGAAACGUAUAUUGCGAUUCAGUUGCCAGGUCAAUCAAGAAAACAAAAAGAUAAAUGAAUAAUUGAUCUUUUUACUCCUGCCGAUGUUGAAGAAAUAAAACUGUUUUAUAUCAAGAUAUUGAUGGGGAUCAAAAUAAGGACCUAAACAAUUUAAGAGCGUUUGUGUGACGUGGAUAAUUCAGAGUGACAGAGCGAAAAAAAGGAAUCGUGAUACCUCGAUUCAGCAUCCUCAUGAUUCAGUACGCAGAUUGUGUGAAGGUGAAUUGAGAUACGUCAAUCCAAUGACAUAUCGUGUUGACAUUUGAUAAUAAACUUCCGUUUUUGCUUGAUUGGGAUGCGCAUGAGAGAAGAGAACUUCCGUUGCCAGGGAUGCUAGCUGUCAGUUGUUCAUGUAUACGAAGAAGAAUGUGGACGGUAAUUGAUGUGUAAUUGAUGAAACGUGAUAUGAGGCAGUUUGUAUAUUUGAUAAUAGAAGAAUGAACAAUCGUGCGAGCACUACUGUACUUAUUUGAAACAUUGCGAGAAUAAUCUUCCAAACAUCGUCUAAAUCAAUUAAAGCGAUAAUUUCAUAUUUUUAAGUUAUAUUUUUAAAAUGUAUUAAAAUAAAGCCUUAAAAUAGACGGUAUCUAUAAACAGUCCUACUUUGUUAAAGAAUAAUCCUAUUGAUCCUAUAAUUCACAAUAGCAAGUUGAGAAAUUGGCAAAAAUAGCAUUUUCAACUUCAAAUUCAAACAUUUGAAAAUAGCUAUUCCAUGGAGGAUACAUGUUGAAAAACAAGGGAGGUAAUUGUGUUAUUAUUUCCGGGUUGAAUGAUUUUUAAGUGUGAGAAUGAUACCUAUGAUCGUAUGAUAGUGAGUUGACAACCUAUUGAGCAAAAGACAUAGAAAUAAUUAUGUUUUGACUUUCUUAGAAAAUAUGAAAGUCUCGCUUUAAGAUUGAUGUGUAAUUAUUUAAAGAUACAUCACAGUAAGUAAUGUGUGACGUCGAUAAUUUACUGAAACGACAAAAAAAACCCGAAACAUUGUGAUACAUAAAUUCAACAGGAUUCGCGUAGAUAAUCGCAAGACGGUGAAUCAAGAUACAUCAAUUCAACAAUAAAUCGUGCCAGCACUAAUGUACUUGCUUGAAACAUUGAGAGAAUACCCUUCGAAAUGUCUCUAAAUUAAUUAGAUUGAUGUGUUAUUAUUGAAAGAUACAUUAAAGUUUGUUUAGAUGUAAGAGUUAAAUCGUCCUAUUCUUUAAAUGAGUAUUAUGGGAGAUUUGAAAAAGAGCUGACAGUUCUCGCUAUAAUAGUUAACAAAUAGAUAACAUAAAUAGAAUAUGCUGAAAAUUUCAGUCAAAUUGAUCCACUCUGAACUGAGAUAUUAGCUUUUGAAUUCUAGGCUAGCCUCAAUCAUCAUUGCGAUAAAAAACAAAAUCCUGAUUAUCCGUUUUACAUUAAAUUAUUUUAAAAAAAAAAUGUAUUCCAAUCUGCUAAAUAUUGCUGGCUAGCGAUGACAUUGAGAGUUGAUUUUGGUCUGGAUAAGUUAAUUAAUGUCUAAUUGAUAAUUUAGAUAACAUUUAAGGCCUAAAGAAAGACCUUCAAUAGACAGAUUUAGAUAACAUUUAAGGCCUAAAGAAAGACCUUCAAUAGACAGAUUUAGAUAUUUCAGGCCUAAAGAAAGACCUGCAAUAAGCAGAUUUAGAUAUUUAAGGCCUAAAGAAAGACCUUCAAUAGACAGAUUUAGAUAUUUCAGGCCUAAAGAAAGACCUGCAAUAAGCAGAUUUAGAUAUUUAAGACCUAAAGAAAGACUUGAAAUAGACAGAUUUAGAUAUUUCAGGCCUAAAGAAAGACCUGCAAUAGACGAAUUUGGUCUUGUGCAUUAUGUUUGUUUUACAUCUUUGUUUAUCUGUAUUCAGUAAAGGCUACAUAUUUGAGAAACCAUGGAGAAUGGUCACAUGUAAAAUUAAAUUUGUACAUUUUAUUCGACAUUAUGGUCGCUGUGAAGUGGAUGAAACAUGUAGUGUAAAGGCUUUCAGCUCUUGCGUUGACCACAGUUUAAAUAAAUGUAUAAAAUAAAUAAUAUCCAGCCCCUACUCUCCCCAUUCUAUAGCAUGUCUAUUUCUGGUUCAAUUACUAAAUAUCUACACCUACAAGAUUUAUAAAACAGUUCAACAAUCUAUACAGGCCUGUCCAACCUCGUCGGUUUUCUCUGGUUUCCUCCCACUGCUAAAGACCCCUAUGCGUAAAGCGAAUUAUUAAAAUAAAAUUAAACCAUGUGUUAGUCCCGAAAUGACCUAGUUUGUGUCUGUGGAAGUUAAACCCCCUCUCUCUCUCUCUCUCUCUCUCUCUUUUUACAGGCCUUAAAAUUCAAUCAAUCUUGAAUCAGAAUUUCCCUGAAUCUAAAGAUGAUGUUUUCUAAGGAAUUUAAAUUGAUUUCCAUCCUUUAAGUGAAAUUAUUGGUGAACUGUGGAUAAAUAAUAUCUAACUAAUAUUAUGAUGAAAAAUGGAGUAUUGUACAUGUAAGAAAUUUAAGAUGCAUUGUGUAAGAGCUAAAUCUGUCUAUUGCCGGUCUUGAUUUUGGCUUCAAAUGUUAUAUACAUGUAAAUUGGUAUUAAGACAUUUAUGAAUAUGGCAAGCCUAUAGUCAACUCUCUAGAUCAAAGGAUGGCCGAGAUUUAAAUGGAUUAGAAUGCUCGCGAGAAUUAAAAAAUGGAUAAUCAAGACUUAGUCUCAUUUGUCAAGUACCGUAGCUACAAUAAUAAAUGAUCUACACUAUAUCUUCCAUCACUCAUAACUUCCCUCAGAAUAAAGUAAUUUAAAUGAAAUUUUCAGUAUAUUCACUUUACAUUAUCUGUUUUUGAACUAUAUGUAUUUACAUGUAUAGCAUGAAUAGUCAGCUCUUUAUCUAAAUCUUACAUAAUACAGCUUUAAUCUGAUUAAAGUACUGGGCCCUUAUUCACGAAAACUUAAACUAAGAUACAAAUCGAAAUUUUAAGAAAUACUGCAAUUCGAUUGGCUGACCAAUAUGCAAAUUGGAUAUGGGCAAAUUGAUUUUACUGGUCAGCCAAUCAAAUUGCAGUAUUUCUUAAAAUUUCGAUUGUAUCUUAGUUUAAGUUUUCGUGAAUAAGGGCCCAGAUCUAUGUUUCGUUUUAUUUUUUAUACUUUCGAUUGCCUACACUACAUGAAGAUCAGACCAGUUGAUUUGGAAGUUCACAUCAGGGGUCAAACGAGCGGCUUUUGAUCCUAUGACGUCAGACAUUGAUUAAUCAAUCAGCAUUGUCAUUUCUAGUGGUUUACCCACAGUUCCGUGCAUAAAAAGGCCAAGAACUCUCCGUAAAAGACUGUUUCAUUGGCUAAUACCUCACACUAUUCAGAACAUGUCAAGGAUAACAACUCUUCCAGAUCCUAGUGUAGUAAAGACAAGUAAAACGAAAUUUUGAACUACAAAAACGAAAUGAAAUAGGAUCUGUAUUUUAAUCAGAUUUAUUUGAUUCUGAGGUUUACGACUGUUUUCAUGAUUUAUAAGAAUACGAUUGUUUGUCCGUGGUGUGGAUUACAUGGUAAUGAAACAGAAGACAGGCCAGUAACAUAUAAAAAUAUAAAAUGCAUAAAACUGUGAUUUGUUAUCAAGUAAAACCUUUCUCAUCGUUCGUCAUAUUUCAUACCAAAUAUAUAUCUUGUAGACUUUGUAUAAAGAUUCUUUAAUUAUGUUUA